AAAGUUUAUGCUCCAAUACGUCUGUUCAUCUAUAAGGUGCCCCAGGACACUCAGUUACUUUUUACAGCUCCAGACUACCACAGCUAUCCCUCUGGUACUUAAAAAGCCUAGUUAGUUCUCAAAGCCCAGCUGGUGUCUUAACCGAUAUCUUUCAAGGAUUUUCUUUCCACUUUUUGCUGAUUUUUAAAAAAUAUGUUUUAAAUACGGCAAGAGCUUUCUAAACUGUGGAACUAGACUGGCAUGGCGCUGGACAGGUGCAGAGAACAAGACAGAGAAGGUCCGUGGCGCUGCACUGGCGGCGGGUCGGGAAGCGGUGACACAAGUGAGAUGGUUACAAGGCUAGGAUCGAUGUAGGCUGCGUGGCAGACACCUGCGGAACGCGCUGCCUCACCACGACCAUCUCGCCCAGGUAAGCGAAGACCGAGGCUAGGCCAAGCUCGAGGAAGGCCGCUCCCAAAACCGGGCGGCUGGAGGACGAAGGAGCGCGCGCGCACCAGAACGUAUCAGUCAGUGAGAAGCUGCUGGCCUACGGGGGAACGGUCCCACAGCUCCUGACCGGACACGAAGGGCCUCCUCCGCCACGGGCGCGGGCCCCUUCCUACAGAAAUCCGCGCAUCCCCCCGCCGCGCGCGUAGGCAAGAGCCGGGCGGCUGAGGCCUUGGCGGAGGAGGCCGUUGCUGUUCGUUACAAAGGAGGCGGGGCCUGGGCUGCAGGCUCUCGGAACCUUCUCGCGGCCCUGUCAAUUUGCUGCUGCUUUAACGGCCGAGAGGGACGUGCGGGUAGCUCGACGCCGUGACGCAGAUUCGUGCCCCUCCCAGGGGGGAGGAGAGCGCGACCGGGUCGGGCUCGCACCCUCCCUGAACGGUGCCUGCGGCUGCCGCUGAUGUCCUAAUAAAUCUUAACAGCUGUAAAUGAGGAGAAACUAACACCGUGUAAUUAGCCAGCUCUCUACAGACCACCAGCAAAUACUACCUGGAUGAAAAUUUAUGUCAUAUUUGAUCAUAUUAGAGAGACAAAGUAGGUGAGGUAAUAUCUUUUUUGGCCCAACUACUCUUGGUGAGCGAGAGAUUAUUUUGAGUUACAUACAGCUCUUCAUGUCUGGGAAAGAUUUUCAGGCUGUCACAGCUAAAUACAAGAUUGAGCAGAGAGAAUAUGUGCUAACUGCUUGUGCUAAACUGGCUGUUGGAUCUUGUAUUUAGCUGUGACACUGUGUACCUUUCUCAAGCAUGAAGAAGAGCUCUGUGUAGCUCAAAAGCCUGUCUCUCACCGACAGAAGUCUGUCCAAUAGAAGAUGUUAUCUCACCCACCUUGUCUCACUAAUAUUCUGAGCCCAGUAUGGCUACAGCUGAGAUCAUAUUAGUGUGCCUUCCUGUUUUAUAUAACCUCCCUAGAGAGAGUACUGUUUUACUCUUGUAGGUAACUCUUUUCCUGUUUGCAAUAAAAAUGGCAGAAGCAACUGCUGACCCUCCAGAGAAGCUUGUUGUUAUCCAUUCUAAGGCUCACAGAGAUACCAUUCUAGCUAAUUUUGCUGAACAAAGGAAAAAGAAUUUUCUUUGUGAUAUCACUUUAAUAGUAGAGGAUGUGCACUUCAGAGCCCACAAAGCUUUACUUGCUGCCAGCAGUGAGUACUUUUCAAUGAUGUUUGUAGAUGAGGGAGAGAUAAGUCAGUCAAUUUAUAUGUUGGAGGGAAUGGUUGCAGACACUUUUGGUGCACUACUGGAAUUUAUCUACACAGGUUAUCUCCAGUCCAGUGAAAAAAGUAUGGAACAAAUCUUGGCAACUGCACAACUCCUAAAAGUGAAUGAUUUAGUGUGGGCACAUGCAGAUUAUCAGACCAGCCAUAGCCCAAAUAAGGUAUUACCUCUCACAUCUAGUAGUGGUGCUUCAGUAGUUGUCUUUGCAAAUGACAAGAAAAAUGGAGAUCCACCAAAACGAAAACGAGGAAGACCAAGAAAAGUCAAGAAUGUUCAAGAGGAAAAAUUUGUGACAACUUCUGUUGAAGAUGUGCAGCUAAGAGAGAACAAUUCAGUGCAAAAUAAACAAAAUUUUAUGAAAAAAGUUGCAGCGGAAGAAACAGUUGCUGGUGAACAAGUUCCAGUAAGGAAAGAAAUGGAAGAAACUGAGCCAGCUUCUGGUUCAGAAGCUGCUGUAGGUCUGUCAGCUGAGAAGGAUGAGAAUUAUGAUCCUAAAACUCAAGGAAUACAGAGCAAUCAGAGUCGUUAUAGCAAACGUAGGAUACGGCGGUCUAUCAAGCUAAAAGAUUAUAAACUUGUUGGUGAUGAAGAUGGAAAAGUAUUGACAAAGAGAACUGAUAGAAAAAGAAAACGCACAGGUUCUGAAACUUGUUGCAAAGAAUGUGGCAAAGUGUUUAAAUAUAAUCACUUUUUAGCUAUUCAUCAGAGAAGUCAUACAGGAGAACGCCCUUUUAAAUGCAAUGAAUGUGGUAAAGGCUUUUCCCAGAAGCACUCUCUUCAGGUUCAUGAGCGGAUGCAUACUGGAGAGCGACCAUAUACCUGUACUGUCUGUAGUAAAGCUUUAACAACAAAACAUUCUCUUUUGGAACACAUGAGCCUACACACAGGACAGAAGGCUUUUACAUGUGAUCAGUGUGGGAAGUAUUUUAGCCAAAAGAGACAACUGAAGAGUCAUUACCGAGUGCACACAGGCCAUUCAUUGCCGGAAUGUAACCAGUGUCAUCGCAAAUUCAUGGAUGCAGCUCAGUUAAAGAAACAUCUAAGAACACAUACAGGUGAGAAGCCAUUUACUUGUGAAAUCUGUGGCAAGUCAUUCACAGCAAAAAGUUCUCUUCAGACUCACAUCAGAAUCCACAGAGGAGAAAAGCCAUAUUCCUGUGGUAUAUGUGGAAAAUGUUUCUCGGAUUCCAGUGCAAAGAGGAGACACUGUAUCUUACACACAGGCAAAAAGCCUUUCUCCUGCCCAGAGUGUAAUUUGCAGUUUGCACGCUUGGACAAUUUGAAGUCUCAUUUGAAAAUUCACAGCAAAGAAAAACAAUUGCAAGAGUCAAGCAGUGCUCCUAGCAGCAGCAAUAGCUCAGAGGAGGUCAGAAACAUUCUUCAGCUGCAGCAAUAUCAACUGUCCACAUCUGGAGGACAAGAGAUUCAGUUGCUUGUCACAGAUUCAGUACAUAACAUAAAUUUUAUACCUGGUCAUAAUCAAGGUAUUAGUAUUGUUACUGCUGAGAACUCCCAAAAUAUGACAACAGGCCAGGCUGCUAAUCUUGCGCUACUCACUCAGCCACCACAACAGCUGCAGAACUUGCUUCUUGCAGCCCAGGAGGAACAAGUAGAACAAAUCCAAAGUAUCAAUAUGAUGGAGAACCAAAUAGAGACUACACAAUCUGAGCAAAUGCAUGUCAUCACUCUUUCAAAGGAAGCACUAGCACAUCUUCAUGCCCAUCAGGGGCAAACUGAAGAACUUCAUCUAGCAACAGAAGCUCAGCACAUGCAGCUGACCCAGGAACCUAGUCGUCAGUCUCAUACUAACCAAGAUGCAGUCCAAUCCCAUCAAAUUAGUGAAGAACAGAACCAAAAUGUAGACAUUUCUGAAUCACAUCCGCAAUCUUUGUCCAUAAACCACCGAUCUCAUGAGCAUCAGAUUCAAGGUUCAAGGCUUUCACCAAGAAUCAGUCCUAUACAGUUCAAACACAGCUGGCAGUAGAAGAUGCCUGUUGCUUUUACUCAAUUUGUAAAAUAUCUAGCACACUUGGAUGCUAUGUAAACAGUAAUACUUGUACUGGUAGAGAUUGUCCUUGAAUUUUUUUAAAAACUUGAAAUUUGUUCUCCAUCUUGGAAAACCCUCCAGGUGAAAAUUAAAUAUAAAAUGGUGCUUUCACUGGCAGCAAUUCUUCUACUAUUUUAAGGUUGUAUUUGAGUUAUUGUUCAGUGUGUAUUUUCUACUAAUUUGCUACUACCAUCCAGGCAACAGUGGCGCAGGAGAAUCUCUUUAAUAUCAUGGUCAAAACAAAAAGGUUUCAAGAAUAUACUGUGGGGGUGGAUGGGGAGGGGUUCCAUUUAGGAACACACAAAUUACCAGAUCAGAACAGAAGGCCGUCUAAUGCAGCAUCCUGUUUCCAACAGUGGGUAGUACCAGUUGCUUCAUAGGAUUCGGUACAGGAAUGGGAUAACCAUCUAUUAAUGAAAGUUUCAUCCUAACCUCCAUUAUGUAGAGGUUUGCUUUUAAAACUCUGGUAUUCUUGUUUACUUAUUCAUUCUUUUGUAAUUCUGGAUGUUCUUGUUACGUGUAUAAAUGACCAGUUCUUGAAUCCCACCAAGUUCUUGACUUCAGGGAUAUCCUAUGACAUUGAGUUCCACGGGCUAAUUUUGUUGUUUGAAAAAGUAUUUCAGUUGAAAUUUGUUGCCUGUCAAUUUCAUUGACUGACUUCUUGUUCUUGCAUUAUAAACAUCUGAUCUACCUUCUCUCUACUUUUCAUUCUUUUAAAAACAAGUACUGUACAGCAGAAUUUCUUCAGUAUCCACAAAGAAGCAGGUUGCCGAGGGAAUUUUUUUUUGCAUAUGUAACUUUUUAUUCCAGUAAACAAUUCAGACCCAUACCUUACUAUGAAUAGGCCUGCAAGACAACGAAUGCCAGGUGUGCCAUUCUUGAAAUGGAUCAUUGAAAUGUGUUGAGCUGAAUUUUUUUCCUGUCAGUCAUCCUGAUUUAACAUUUGCUGUUUAGCAAAGUGCUGAAACGGAUUGUACUGUAUGUAAUUUACAAAAUGAUGAGUCUGAAAAGUGCUAUAUAAAAACAGAUUCUAUCUUUCUCUUGUAACAUAGAGGAGUGAGUAUUUAUAAAAAAAAUAAUAAUAUAAUAAAAAAAAAAGUGUUUAUAAGAGUGCCAUUAUAGUAACAAUCUAGAAUUGUCAUACUUUGGUAAUGCACAGAUGAUAAUAGUUACGCUUGUUUGGUUAAUUUGUUACCCUUUCUCUUUGUUCUUCAUUCUUUGGAUUUAAAGGGAGGAGGCAGUAUGUCUGUAACUAUAAUUACUCUGUGUGUGUGUGUGUGUGUGUAUAGAUAGAUAAAAAUUACCUUGGUCACUGCCCUUGGCACCAAGAGGGUCACAUUAUUUGUUGGGCUGCUGUAUCGCUGGUGCUGACGUGAUUGCUAGCCCUGAGGCCUGAGCAUCAGGCAGAGGUAUCAGUGGUGUCUCUGGUGCCAGCUGCUGCAAGAGGGUGAAGGAUGCUGACACGACUGAUGCUGGCCUGGAUCUCAAUGCCUGGCACUGACCCUAGGCUUGAUGAUAGGCCCAGAGACUCCAAAAGGGCCACAGAGCUGGUGGUUGCGAUUGAGGUGGCCACAGCGCUGGAAGAGGCUGGCAGUGUUGCCAGGUUCUAGACCUCUUGCUGCUGGACCUAUCUGAAUGAUAGGACUCCACCUCGGACUCCGAGGUCUCUGAAGAGGAAGACCACGUAAGAGCAGUACUGGGUGGUGCCAGGCCUCUGGCUAUUGGUGCCAUCUCCCCAUGUGGGCGGCCAGCACUGGGAGAAUGGCGCAGCAGUGAUGGGGAAUGGUGUGACAUCAUUGCCAGCUUGCCCCUAGAUUGGAUAGGUGGUCGGGUUAUCACUGGUGCCUUGUCCCUCCUUGGAGAAGGUGGUCCCAUUAGGUGAAUAAGGUCCUCCACCGCCUCAAAAGUCUCUGGAGUCGAGAGGAGUUGAAUGUCCUGGCCACAAUGGUCCGGAGAAUGGUAGUGGGCCAGACUCAGCUGGACUCCUUGCAGGCAGUAGUCAAUGAGCCCCUGGGAGGCACUGGGCCUGAAGUAGACUGGAUGGGCUGAGCCCUCCCUGCUUCUGGCUCCAUAGGCUUAGGAGGGGAAGAGCACCCCCUCCUACC